AUGCAAAACAGCCUGGUAAAGCUUCGAACACAAACGCCGCUCUAUGGACAGCUCGUUAUUGGACCGCCGGGUGCCGGUAAAACUAGCUACUGCAAUAAAAUGCAAACAUUUCUUGAAAGAAUUGGACGUAAAGCAAUGGUUGUGAAUCUGGACCCAGCCAACGACAACAUGCAGUACACCAGUGCCGUCGACAUUAUGCAGCUGAUCACGGUACAGGACGCGAUGGCACAGUUUGGGCUAGGGCCAAACGGAGCGCUCAUCUAUUGCGUAGAGUUCCUGGAGACAAACUUUCAAUGGUUAUUGGAUCAACUGAAAAGUCUCGAUUGCAAUUACUUCAUCUUCGACUGUCCGGGACAGGUGGAACUUUUCACACACAACAAUGCGUUGAAGAAUAUUUUCGCCAAGCUGGAACAAUUGGGAUACCAUCUCUGCACGGUGCAUCUGGUCGAGUCGCAUUACUGCACCGAACCGUACAAAUUCAUCUCGUGCCUAUUGCUUUCGCUGCACACGAUGCUACAGAUGGGAUUGCCGCACGUGAAUGUGCUCAGCAAAGCGGAUCAACUAAAGGAGCAAGAUUCGAAGCUUCCGUUCAAUGUGGAAUACUACACAGAAGUGCUGGACCUUAGCUACCUGCUAGAAUGUAUGGACACGAGCCAGAUGGGGAAGAAAUUCAAACAGCUAAACGAGGCAAUCGUGUCCAUGGUGGAAGAUUACAGUUUGGUGUCGUUCCUGUUGCUCGAUUCGAAGCGCGAGCAGAGCCUGCUGAGACUUAAGAAUGCUAUCGAUAAGGCGAACGGAUAUGUGUACGGUGCUGGGGAAGAGAAAAACAUCAACACACUGCUGGCGUGUGCCGUUGGUGCUGAGACGGAGUCGGAUCGAAUGGAGCGAGACAUCGAUCCGUACCUAAGCUAA